GCCUACCAGGCAGACAUAUUCUACCAUCAGUUCUGGAAAGAUCAUCGGCUUAACUCCAGCAUUGCUAACAACUACCACGAUUACAAACUUAUUCUGGACAACAAGUGGCGAAAUGACAUCUGGACCCCAGACACUUAUUUUAAGAACUCGCUUAAUGGACAAGUUCACGACAUUGUUAACCCUUACAUGUACAUGGUGCUUUACAACAACAGUGAAGUGUUCUUCGCUGCAAGAAUGUCUCUCACGUUAAGUUGUGAGAUGAACCUUGGAUCUUAUCCUCAUGAUGUUCAAGAUUGUAGCAUCAAGAUAAUGAGCCUUCAAUACACAGCGGACAACGUUCUGUUGUUGUGGAAAGAGUUUCAAGUAACUGAUAAAUUGUUGCUGGCACAGUUUGACGUCACGGACCGUAGCUUCGACAACUGUACCAAAACGUACAGCAUCG